AUGCACGCUCGUGACGCCGCAGGCCGCAGGGUCUCACUCCUCAACGAGGAAGACUUUGGCACCAUCGACACGUCCACUUACUACCACUCUGUGCACCCACAGCCUCCCUCCCGCAGCGAUUCAUCGUCACCAAAUACACCCGCGCUCCUGCGGUCGGAUUCCUUUGAUUCUCAGCUUAGCGAAGUCAUUUCACCCUUGACGCCGCCUGUGGAUUACAGCUACGCAAUUAUGCGCGCUCCCAACUACGCUUUCGGGCACGACUCCGCUGCGUCUUGUGUUCCCGAGCGCCCCGUCAAGCGGUAUCCCUGCCGCUACCGUGAGAUUCAUGGAUGCGAAAAGACCUUCACCACCUCGGGGCAUGCUUCGCGCCAUUCCAAGAUCCACACAGCUGAAAAGGCGGUCCAUUGCCAAUACCCGGGAUGUCACAAGAAGUUCACUAGAGCCGACAACAUGAAGCAACAUCUGGAAACCCACUUCAAGGACAAGACCCGAAGCUCGUCGGGCGCCCAGCGCUCUAGCAAAACCUCCUUGGCUUCCAGUGCGCGCCGCAGCUCAACUUCAUCGAGCCGAAGCCGCUCCUCCACCACAGGACCUGAUUCCUUUGUUUUCUGGGACUCGAGCGAGCUUCACCAGAAGCAGAGCCUCUUGCCGACGUCCCCGCUUCCACAGCCGACCGGCACUGCGGGUGACUGGGAUACCACUAUGAGUGGUUUUGACCUCCCAUUACUCAAUCGUCCUUCCGCAGUUGGUCGCACGCCCAGUGGCCUCGACACUUUGGCCAUGGCCAUAGCGUGCCAGGAAGGUCGGAUGGCAUUGUGA